AUGUCAGAUGCGGCGCUGACUGCACACCUUAACGAAUACGCCCCUGCUGGACACUUGCUGCCUCUGUGCCUUGAAACAUACCCCUGGAACCCCUCCUGCCCCAUUGCCCCCAGCCCCAGGACGUGCCCUGCCCCCAACGGGCUGCGUUCUCCCCCCAGGCAUGCCAGGGUGAAGGGAAAGUUCAAGGAGUCGUAUCUCUCGGCCGCCCAGUCCGUCAAACCCCUCAUCAACGCCGAGGAGAAACUGCCACGGGACAAACUCAACCCCCCCACGCCCAGCAUCUACCUGGAGAGCAAACGCGACGCCUUCUCGCCCGUCCUGCUGCAGUUCUGCACCGACCCCAAGAACCCCAUCACGGUCAUCCGGGGGCUGGCCGGCUCCCUGCGGCUCAACCUGGGCCUGUUCAGCACCAAGACACUGGUGGAGGCUAGCGGGGAGCACGCCGUGGAAGUCCGCACCCAGGUGCAGCAGCCCUCGGACGAGAACUGGGACCUGUCGGGCACCCGCCAGGUGUGGCCGUGCGAGAGCAGCCGCUCGCACACCACCAUCGCCAAGUACGCCCAGUACCAGGCCUCUUCCUUCCAGGAGUCGCUGCAGGAAGAAAAGGAAAGCGAUGAGGAGGACGCUGAUGAACCCGACAGCACCACGGAGACACCCCCCAGCAGCAACGUGGACCAGAAAUCCCACCAGAUCAUCAAAUUCGGGACCAACAUCGACCUGUCCGACGCCAAGCGGUGGAAGCCGCAGCUGCAGGAGCUGCUGAAGCUACCGGCCUUCAUGCGUGUCACGUCGACGGGCAACAUGCUGAGUCACGUGGGUCACACCAUCCUGGGUAUGAACACGGUGCAGCUCUACAUGAAAGUGCCAGGCAGCCGGACGCCGGGCCACCAGGAGAACAACAACUUCUGCUCCGUGAACAUCAACAUCGGGCCGGGCGACUGCGAGUGGUUCGCGGUGCACGAGCAUUAUUGGGAGACCAUCAGCGCCUUCUGUGACAGGCAUGGCGUGGACUACCUGACGGGCUCCUGGUGGCCCAUCCUGGAGGACCUGUACAAGUCAAACAUCCCCGUGUACCGGUUCAUCCAGCGCCCCGGGGACCUGGUGUGGAUCAACGCAGGCACCGUGCACUGGGUACAGGCCACGGGCUGGUGUAACAACAUCGCCUGGAACGUCGGGCCCCUGACAGCCUAUCAAUACCAACUGGCCCUGGAGCGCUACGAGUGGAACGAGGUGAAGAACGUGAAAUCCAUCGUGCCCAUGAUCCACGUCUCGUGGAACGUCGCCCGGACGGUCAAGAUCAGCGACCCCGACCUCUACAAGAUGAUCAAGUAUUGCCUCAUGCAGUCCAUCAAGCACUGCCAGGUGCUGCGGGAGACGUUGGUGCGUUCGGGGAAGAAGAUCGCCUACCAGGGCCGGGUGAAGGACGAGCCGGCGUACUAUUGCAACGAGUGUGACGUGGAGGUGUUCAAUAUCCUGUUCGUGACGAGCGAGAACGGCAGCAAGAACACGUACCUGGUGCACUGCGAGGACUGCGCCCGCCAGCGCAGCGCCGCCCUGCACGGCGUGGUGGUGCUGGAGCAGUACAAGACGGAGGAGCUGAUGCAGAUCUACGACAGUUUCACCCUGGCUGGAUCCCCCAGCUCCAGAUGAGCCAGACCUCGCCCAGGUACUUCCUGGGCAGAGACAGGAAUCAGCUCCCCCUUCCCCAGUGCCCCCCUGCCCCGCUGGGGGAAGGAGGGGACAUCUCGGCACCGCCCGUCCCAGUGGCCAAUCGCAGACAAGCUCUUGUUUACACCGGAACCUCUCCGGCCCAAUCGGCUUUGCUGUUGAAACGAGGGAGAGGGGGCGGAGCCCCAGAAGCAGCCAAUCUUCUGCGUGAUCCGAGGAGCCAAUCCACAAGCAGCCUGUGUAUACAGACACUCAAACAAAUGAACUUUUUUAAUUUAUUCUUGAAAAUGACCUGGGGGGGGGGAACGGGGAAACUUUUUAAAAAAAAUAUUUUUUUUUUUUUUUGGAAAAUAAUAAAAAACACACAGAAAAAAAAGAGAACAAAAACCCGCCCAGGAGACGGGAAAUGGAAAACCGUGGAGCCUGGGCUGCUUGGCGGGGCCGGCGGGCGGUUCCCCGGCAGACACACGCCGGCCUUCGGCGGGGACAGGAGAACACGGACUCUGGAGCUCAGCCAGGAGCUCUCUUCGUCGACGGAGCAUUAACUCGUUUGUUUUGCAGGGGCGGGGGGCGGGGGGGAGACACUGGCAGCGGCGAAAGGGGGCUGGGCGUGGUUUUUUUUUUGUCGUCUUUUUACAUUUUUCUCGUCAGCAAAUGAAGCAAAAAAAAAACAACAACACAAAACCAACAAAAAAAGAACCACCACGAGGAAAAGAUACGGGUUUUUUACGCAGCAAUUUCUCUUUGUUUCCUCUUUGCGUGUUUGUGGCGGUUGGAGAUUGUCCACUGGUUUCUAUAUAUAUUGGCGCGGGGCGGGCGGUUUGUGUGGGUGUGCGUGGGCUUGAGUCUCACUCUGCUUUCUUAAAUCCUGGCCGCUUGGCGGUGGGGGGGGCUUUUUAUUCCACGUCUUCCUGGCUUGGUUUUGUUUUCUUCUGAACUCACGUGAAGGAGCCAAUUCCCGCCGGCUUGGGUCUCCGAUUGUGCAAACGAUGGUGCAAAAGGGGGAGUGAGGAACGGUGCUCAGCGUCCGGCCCCCGUGCGCAGGGCUUCGCGGGAACCCUGCCCCCGGGAGCUGCCUUCCCCUGGGUUAAGCGUUUCGUACAAUCGCAGCCGCGGUUUACACGUCUCUCAGGUCAGCUACAGCAACUGAGCCAGGACAGCAGGACAGAAAUCUGCCUUAACUCCCCCGCCGGCCAGGUUUUGCCUCCCCCACUUCUCACUUGUUUGGAAACCGGAAACACGUCGGGUGCUUUUUCCUCGGGGUUUUUGUUUUUGUACCUCCAGGCCUCAGAUUUUCGCAAUUUGUAAAUCGUCCUCUGUUGUUGUGUAUUUUUUUUUAUUUAUACAUCAUUUUUGUAAUGAUUUCUCUAUUUAUUGGUUGCUAUUGAGGGGUUGAUUUGAGCGUUCGGGGGGGGUGUUUUUUUUAAAUGGCCUUUUUGUAGUAAUCGUGUGUAUUUGUCUGUUUCUCGCCAGAAUUUUUGUGUUCGGUUUUUUUGGGGUUUUAAUGUUAAGCUCGGCCCAUCCCCGGCAUCGUGAGAUGGGGGGGGGGGUUGUUCAGUCUUUUGCCUCUUUUCAUGGUGCUGAAUUCCAUAAUCACUGUGCGAUCGGGACUUCUGUUCAUUUCCUUUGGAGGAAUCUUGUCCCUUUCCCCCUCCUAUCCCAGCAUCUCGCCAACACACUGAACGAAACAAGUGGACGUCUAGGUCCUCCUGGAUCAUACUGUACUGUAAGGCGACAAAGGAAAAAAAAAAAUCUUAUUUUGUAAAUGUAAAAAAGAUUAAAUUAACUCACAGAGAUACA